AUGGCUUCAAACGCAUCAAAUCAAUCCAAGAUCGCCGAGCUCCAGAGCCGUCUGGGCAUCGAAAAAAAGGUCCUCGAUGGAGCCAAGGCCAUGCAAAAAAUGCUGACCGACCCUCGGCUCCUGGCCGACUGCCAGGUCACCAUCACAAGUUCGGAACAGCGCCUCGCCUUCAUCGAGAGUGAACUCCAGAAACUCCUUCCCCGACCAUCGGUCAGCGGAGCGAGUGCUGCUGCUCCGGCCCUGGCCGAGGCUCCAGAAAAGAAUGAAACAGCGUUUGAUUUUCUGCGGGCCGACAGCCGCCUGACUCCAGAAAAAGUCAAGUUCCGCCUGGAGGAGGUCCGAAGAAAGCUGGAUCUCGAAACCAAGGUGAAGGCCGGCACGGAAAACAUGCUCUCGGCCAUGUCCAAGUCGCCUGUCGAGCAAAAGCUGCUCAAUGAGCUCCGCGACAAGAUUGUUGAAGCAGACUCCAAGAUCACCUUCCUCCGAAAGGCCGAAAAGGCCUAUUCGGACAUGUACGUUGCUGAUCCAAGGGACGAAAACGAGGAGGGGCUUCUCAACGAGGUCGGCAGCUCAAGAAAGACAGGUCGAGUCAAGGUCAAGAUGCUUGCGUGCCAAAACAUCCCUGGGCGACGCGGCGACGAUUUGAUCGUGGCUGAGGUCCGUGUCGAUGGCCACCGCAAAGGCAUGACUCGGCCGGUCAAAAGCAAAUGGGACGAGUACAUUGAGUUCCAAGUCGACAAGGCCAGCGAAAUCGAAAUCUGCAUCAGCGACCGAUCCGGUCCGAGCACAAUCCUUCUGUCCUUCCUUUGGUUCAAGCUGUCGACCAUGGAGGACGAGCUCAAGAGGUCCAACGCCAAUCCCGGUGAUAUGGGCGAGUUUGCCCUUGAAAUGGAGCCCAGCGGGCAGGUCUCCCUCAAGCUCGGAUUCGUGCCCAUCUCGCGUGGCCAAGCUGGCCAGGAUCAGUUGGCUCGUCGUGGGCCUGUCCAGAAAGUUUAUCCUCGGAACGGGCACAAGUUUCUGGCUCAGCAGUUCUAUCAGGUGCUCCAAUGCGCUCUUUGUCAGGAGUUUCUGAGCGGCCAGGGCUACCAGUGCCAAAACUGUCAGUACACUUGCCAUGCGCGCUGCUACAUGCGAGUCAUUACCAAGUGUAUCACGAAGGAGGAGAUCAACGAUAAUCAGGAUCCGUCCAAGGAUAAGAACACCGGGCAGCUUCUCAAGUACAACAUUCCACACCGCUUUGCGCUCUCGGCCAAUCUGGCUGCGUCGUGGUGUGCCCACUGCGGCUACAUGCUUCCGAUCGGCGUGAGCAAGACCAUAAUGAAGUGCACCGAGUGCGGAAAGGCGUGCCACAAGGAUCACAUGUGCAUGAUGCCACAUUUUUGCGGCCUGGACCCACAAAUGGCCGACCAGCUUGUCGAGGCUUUCGAGCAAGCCGAGAAGAAGAUGCAUUUGCGUGAGCUUGAAGAGGCUGCCAAGGCUGCUGAGGCCGCGAAGGCCGAAGAGGCAGCGUUUCCACCGCCUCCGCCCGAGUUCACCACGCUUCCGUCCGUGGAUCAUCACGGCCACCCAACCCCGCCUGCGCGCAAAGAAUCCCAAUUGCAGCUCGAGAAACCCAAGGACGCAGACUCCAGCGUCAGACCCAGCGUCACGUCUCCUCCUCGCGAGCCGCUCUCACAGUCUCCCCCAACACUGCCUCCGAUUGCCGUAUCCCAAUCCCAGACACAACCUCCGCCACAGUCUUCCCAGACCCAGUCGUCAUCAUCGUCGUCGCGCGCACAGCAGUCCUCAGCCCAUUCUCAGUCCGGAGAUGUCGCCUUCAGACCACCGGCAACUGUCGUUGUCACGAAGCCUCGCAGAAAGGUGGCUAUUUCACUAGAAGAUUUCAACUUUAUCGCCGUCUUGGGUCGAGGCGCCUUUGGCAAAGUCAUGCUCGCCCAGGACAAGCUUACGAAGGAGCUGUAUGCCAUCAAGGCACUCAAGAAGGAAUUCAUUAUUCAAAAUGACGAUGUUGCCAGCUGCAAGCUCGAGAAGCGCAUCUUCCAGGCUGCCAGCCAAACCAAGCAUCCCUUCCUGGUGAACCUCCACUCCUGCUUCCAGACCGACUACCGCAUCUACUUUGUGAUGGAGUAUGUCUCGGGAGGCGACUUGAUGUGCCAUAUCCAGGAGAAGAAGCGCUUCUCCCAGGGGCGAGCCAAAUUUUAUGCCUGCGAAGUACUUUUGGCACUGGAGUUUUUCCACAAGAACAACAUCAUCUAUCGUGACCUUAAACUCGAUAACAUCCUGCUUAUGCCCGAUGGCCACAUCAAAGUCGCCGAUUACGGUAUCUGCAAAGAAAACAUGCACUACGGAGACACCACCAGGACGUUCUGUGGCACACCGGACUACAUGGCUCCCGAAAUUUUGCUGCAGAACAAGUACGGCCGCGCCGUGGACUGGUGGAGCUUUGGCGUUCUGAUCUACGUCAUGCUCGUUGGCAAGUACCCUUUCCACGGCGACGAUGAAAAUGAGAUCCUUGAAGCCAUUCUGGAUGACUCUAUCGAGUUCCCCUCGAAUAUGCCCAAGGAGACACUGUCGGUCCUGCAAGGGCUCUUGAACAAGAAUCCCGCCCGACGGCUUGGAAGCGGACGGUCCGAUGCCGAAGAAAUCAAGAAGCAUGCCUAUUUUGCCGGUGUCGACUGGGAGGCCUUUAUGCAAAAGCGAGUCGCACCCCUCUUUGUGCCCACCAUCGGCUCUCCAACCGAUACAUCCAACUUUGACCGCGAGUUCACAAAGGAACGCCCGGUGCUGACGCCAAUGAACUCGGUCCUUUCCGCUGCAGAUCAGCUGGAGUUCAAGGGAUUUACCUUCAUCUCCGAGUGGGCACAGGCCGCUCGCGCCGAAGCAUCGCAACGCCAGGCAGCCGCCACAGUCCCUGCUGGCCCCACACUCCCUGUUAGCGUUGCAUCGCCGCCAUCGUCGAGACUCAGGUUCGCCAAGUACUUUGAGCAAUUCCACCACCACCAGAGACGCCCACCAGACCGAUCCGUCUCCAAGAUCCAUGUGUGCUCGGUGAACGAGUUCAACACAUCACAGGUGUGCUCACACUGCCGGGAAGCCAAGCGACUCGAGAAGGUCGAGCAUCUUGAUAUCGAGAAACCACACUUUGUCCGGAGCUGUGCAAGCUGCCAUACGCUGUGGGAUCGAGACAUCAAUGCCUCAAGGAACAUGAUCUCGCUAAAGACAAAGUGA